GUGUCGUGUGGCGUGCCCACUGCGCCGCUGAAUGGAGGUGUGCAGGCGGUUGAUUACUCCGUUGGCACACGUUUAACCUACUUCUGCAACAAUGGCUUCAGGCUGUCCUCCAAGGAUCUCACCACCACCGUCUGCCAGUCCGAUGGCACAUGGAGCAACCACAACAAAAUACCCCGCUGCACAGGUAGGAGGGGAGAGGAGAUGUCCUGCUGCUGGUACAGUACCAGCCUGUCUGUCUGCUUCCUUCUCUCUACACAGUACACUACAGUACCAGCCUGUCUGUCUGCUUCCUUCUCUCUACACAGUACACUACAGUACCAGCUUCCUUGUGAACACAGAUAAAAUAAAUGAGUCAAGGUGGCAACAGUAAGGAACUUGGAGUACUCCACAGAUGUGUGAAAGUAGAUGAAUGCAUGCCACUUUAAAGCAUCAAACAAUAGAACUGGGUCUGUAUGUCAGGGAUGUCAUGUCAGGGAUGUCAGGGAUGUCAUGUCAGGGAUGUCAUGUCGGGGAUGUCAUGUCGGGGAUAUCAUUUCAGGGAUGUCAUGUCGGGGAUGGCAUGUCGGGGAUGUCAUGUCGGGGAUGUCAUGUCGGGGAUGUCAUGUCGGGGAUGUCAUGUCAGGGAUGUCAUGUCGGCGAUGUCAUGUCGGGUUCAUUCUUGUUUUGUCAAGUAAAGAAAUAAAGAGCACAGAGGUGCUGACUAAUGGAAGAUAAAUUAAACUGUAUUCCUUUUUGGUGAAGUGCUGACUAAUGGAAGAUAAAUUAAACUCUAUUCCUUUUUGGCGAGGUGCUGACUAAUGGAAGAUAGACUAAACUGUACCCCUUUUGGCGAGGUGCUGACUAAUGGAAGAUACAUUAAACCUGUAUUCCUUUUUGGCGAGGUGCUGACUAAUGGAAGAUAAAUUAAACUGUAUCCCUUUUGGUGAAGUGCUGACUAAUGGAAGAUAAAUUAAACUGUAUUCCUUUUUGGCGAGGUGCUGACUAAUGGAAGAUAAAUUAAACUGUAUUCCUUUUUGGCGAGGUGCUGACUAAAUGGAAGAUAACUUAAACUGGUAAUCCCUUUUGGUGAGGCUGACUAAUGGAAGAUAAAUUAAAAAACUGUUUCCUUUUUGGCUGAGGUUGCUUGACUAAUGGAAGAUAAAUUAAACGUGUAGCCCUUUUGGUGAAGUGCUGACUAAUGGAAGAUAGACUAAACUGUACUCCUUUUGGCGAGGUGCUGACUAAUGGAAGAUAAAUUAAACUGUAUCCCUUUUGGCGAGGUGCUGACUAAUGGAAGAUAAAUUAAACUGUAUCCCUUUUGGCGAGGUGCGGAACUAAUUGGAGGAUAAAUGAAACUGGAUCCCUUUUGGGCGAGGUGCUGACUAAUGGAAGAAUACAUUCAAACUGUAUCCCGUUUGGGGCCGAGGUGCUGACUAAAUGGAAUAUACAUUAAACUGUAUCCCUUUUGGCGAGGUGCUGACUAAUGGAAGAUACAUUAAACUGUAUCCCUUUUGGCGAAGUGCUGACUAAUGGAAGAUAGACUAAACUGGCGUCUCUCCUAGUUUCCGUAGUAUUUGACCAAAACUCCUGUUCUAUUGUUGUGUGUGUGGUCCCACAUUGCUCUAAUGUGAAAUGAUGAAACAAUAGAAUUGGGUCCAUAUAUUUACACGAUCAUGUGUGUUCUUGUUUCUUUGCUGUAUUCUUUGUAUAUACAUUUUUGGGUCUUGUCUGGGUUACUGUUAAAGCACUUUGUGACAACUGCUGUUGUAAAAAGGACAUUCUAAGGAAAUAUGAUUAAUUGAUGUGAUUGAAUGAAUAUUUAUCGUGUCCCACAGAGGUGGUGUGCCCCAGUCUGGGAUCUUUCUCCAUGUGUCACGGAUUCAGCCGAGGCUGCUCCUCCUCCUUGCUCGGGCAGGCUUCGGUGUCCGUCGUCCCCGGAGUACUAGCUACUGCCGAUCGAUGUUUCGGUGUUUGUCUUGUUUUGUCUUUAUUGUUUACACCUGUUUCCCAUUAUGUUGAAUUGUAUUCCCUAUAUUACCCCCUGUGUGUGCGAUUGUUCUUUGUCAUUCCGGCAGUUGCUUUGUGUACGGGUAUUGUGUUUUCCUCCCUGUUUGGAGGUUUGUUGUUUUUGUACGUUAUUUACUGUGUUCAGUAAAAUUACGUUGCCAGCCGCUCUGUUCGCUGACCGCAUACACGUCGCGUGACAGAAUCACACACCAAGACAUGGAGUCAGCAGGAGCGGCGGUGCCAGCUGGAUCAAUGGAGGAGCGCGUAGCACAACAAGCGGCCAUGAUCCAGGCUCUCGGCACCGCCAUGGAACGGGUGGUGAACACCAUGGAGCGAUGGGAAAGAGGAGGUUUGCCCACACCUCCUCCGACGAUACCACCACCAUCAGCUAUACCCAUCGCUUCACCUCCGGGGUCCAGUGGGAUUCGGCUCUCACUCCCGAGGGCUUAUGAUGGCACAGCGGCCGUGUGUCAGGGUUUCCUGCUCCAAGUGGAACUCUACCUGGCAACCAUCCACCCGGUGCCCUUGGGAUACGAGAGCGUGUCCGCCCUCAUCUCCUGUCUGUCCGGCAAGGCGCUGGAGUGGGCCAACGCCGAGUGGGGGGGAAUAGACACCGCUACAGUCAACUAUGCGGAGUUCCUACGCCACUUCAGGGCGGUGUUCGAUCAUCCCCCAGAGGGGAAGGCGGCGGGUGAGCGUCUGUUCCACCUCAGACAGGGGAAGAGGAGCGCGCAGGAGUUCACACUGGACUUCCGGACUGCGGGAUGGAAUGAGAGGGCCCUCAUCGACCACUACAGGUGCAGCCUGAGGGAGGACGUGCGUCGGGAAUUGGCCUGCAGGGACACCAACCUAAGCUUCGAUCAGCUGGUGGACAUGUCGAUUUGCCUAGAUACCCUGUUGGCUACCCGCAGGACGUCCGGAGUCGGGCCGUCCAUUCCAUCCCCCAGCACUUCCAAGCCGAGCCCUAUGGAGCUCGGGGGUGCUGGUGCUAGGGAUCCCAGGAGAGAGACCAGGAGAGAGGCCGUCCCCUGCACCAACUGUGGCCGCAGAGGACACACUGUGGGUCGGUGCUAGGGAGGGUCUCCUAGGAAUCGAGGCAGUAGGCAGCGCACUGAUGAGUCAUUCCAGGUGAGUAAGCACCCAACUCACCCAGAGCACUCUGUUGCACAUAUGUGUAUUAAAGUUGUGUUUCCCGAGGUUUCUCCUCACUCCCAGCAUAAGGCGCUAGUAGAUUCAGGCGCAGCUGGGAAUUUUAUCGAUCGCCGGUUCACGUAUAAGUUAGGGAUUCCUAUUGUACCAGUUGAUGUGCCGUUCCCCAUCCAUGCCCUAGAUAGCCGCCCUUUGGGGUCGGGAUUGUUUAGGGAGGUCACAGCGCCACUUAAGAUGAAGAUGCAGGAGGGCCAUGAGGAGAUUAUACGGUUAUAUUUUAUUGACUCUCCUGCGUUUCCCGUGGUGUUGGGGCUUCCCUGGUUAACAUCUCAUGACCCCAACAUUUCAUGGCAACAGAGGGCUCUCAAGGGAUGGUCUGAUCAGUGUGUCGGGCGGUGUGUAGGUGUUUCUGUAGGGGCAAUGACGGUGGAAAGCCCGAACCAAGUUCCCACCAUGCACAUUCCUCCUUAGUAUGCCGAUCUGUAAAAAGAGGGCGAUUCAAUUACCACCUCAUCGACAGGGGGAUUGUGCGAUAGACCUCCAGGUAGGCGCUGCGCUUCCUCGUAGUCAUGUGUAUCCUCUGUCUCAGGAGGAGACGGCGGCUAUGGAGACAUACGUCGCCGAAUCUCUGAGACAGGGAUACAUACGAUCGUCCACUUCCCCUGCGUCCUCGAGUUUCUUUUUUGUGAAGAAGAAGGAUGGGGGUUUACGCCCGUGUAUUGAUUAACAUGGUCUCAAUCAGAUUACAAUCAAAUACAGCUAUCCUCUCCCUCUGAUUGCUAGUAUGACGGAGUCAUUACACGGGGCGCGAUUCUUCACAAAAUUGGAUCUCAGGGGCGCGUACAACCUGGUGCGCAUUAGGGAGGGAGAUGAGUGGAAGACAGCAUUCAGUACCACCUCGGGUCACUAUGAGUACCUCGUCAUGCCAUACGGUUUAAUGAAUGCUCCUUCAGUCUUCCAAUCGUUUGUGGACGAGAUUUUCCGGGAUUUGCAUGGACAGGGUGUAGUGGUGUAUAUUGAUGACAUUCUAAUAUACUCCGCUACACAAGCCGAGCAUGUGUCCCUGGUGCGUCGGGUGCUUGGUAGACUGUUGGAGCAUGACCUGUAUGCGAAGGCGGAGAAAUGCCUGUUCUUCCAGGAGUCCAUCUCCUUCCUGGGACAUCGGUUGUCCGCGUCAGGGGUGGAGAUGGAGAUUGACCGCGUUUCAGCCGUGCGUAAUUGGCAGACUCCCAUCACGGUGAAGGAGGUGCAGCGGUUUUUGGGUUUUGCCAAUUACUACCGGAGGUUUAUCUGGGGCUUUGGACAGGUAGCAGCUCCCAUCACCUCCCUGCUAAAGGGGGGCCCGGUGCGUCUGCAGUGGUCGGCUGAGGGAGACAGGGCGUUUAGACGUCUGAAGGACCUGUUCACCUCGGCUCCGGUGCUGGCACAUCCGGAUCCCUCUUUGGCGUUCCAAGUUGAGGUGGAUGAGUCCAAGGCGGGGAUCAGUGCUAUACUGUCUCAGCGCUCAGGCACGCCACCAAAACUCCGCCCUGCGCUUUCUAUUCUAAGAAGCUCAGUCCGGCGGAGAGAAAUUAUGACGUGGGGGGACAGGGAGCUGCUAGCGGUGGUUCAAGCCCUGAAGGUGUGGAGGCAUUGGCUUGAGGGGGCUAAACACCCUUUUCUCAUUCUGACUGACCAUCGUAACCUGGAGUACAUCCUGGCAGCGAGGAGACUGAACCCUCGCCAGGCUAGGUGGGCCAUGUUUCUUACCCGAUUUGUAUUUAAGCUCACUUAUAUACCAGGGUCACAGAACGCUAAGGCAGACGCCCUGUCCCAACGAUAUGACACAGAGGAGAGGUCCAUUGAGCCCACUCCCAUACUUCCGGAGUCGUGUCUGGUGGCACCGGUGGUGUGGGAGGUCGAUGCGGACAUCGAGCAGGCGUUACGUGCCGACCCUACUCCCCCACAGUGUCCAGAGGGACGGAAGUACGUCCUGCUCGAGGUUCGUGAUCGACUGAUAUAUUGGGCUCACACGUCACCCUCCUCUGGUCAUCCUGGUAUUGGUUGGACAGUGCACUGCCUUAGUGGGAUGUACUGGUGGCCCACUUUAGCUAGGGACGUGAGGGAUUACGUUUCCUCCUGCUCGGUGUGCGCCCAGUGUAAGGCGCCUAGACACCUGCCCAGAGGGAAGUUACAACCCCUACCCGUUCCACAACGGCCGUGGUCUCACCUAUCGGUGGAUUUUGUCAUGGACCUUCCCCCCUCCCAGGGGAACACUACGAUCUUGGUCAUUGUAGAUCGGUUUUCUAAGGCUUUCUAAGGUUUUCUACUCCCUGUCUCUCAUUGGUUAUUGUGUGUGAUUGUUCUUUGUCAUUCCGGCAGUUGCUUUGUGUACGGGUAUUGUGUUUUCCUCCCUGUUUGGAGGUUUGUUGUUUUUGUACGUUAUUUACUGUGUUCAGUAAAAGUACGUUGCCAGCCGCUCUGUGUCCUGCGUUUGACUUCGCUGACCGCAUACACGUCGCGUGACACCAUGGACCAUGGGUUUACUAUUCUUGUGUUUGUAGUCCCACAGUGGUGGUAUAUGAAGGGUUACAUUUCCCUAGCCCCAUCCCUCAGCUAUACACCAAAAUAAGUGGUGGAGCUGCCAUUUCUUGUUUUUUCCAAUCCCAGACUGUAGCUUUAAUAUGUUGGUUUCUUCUUGUGUUUGUGGUCUCACAGUGGUGGUGUGCCCCAGUCUGGGCUCCUUCUCUCUGGACCACGGGAAGUGGACGAUCAUCAACGGUUCCAGUUAUGAGUUCAGAACCAAGAUCAUCUUCAGCUGUAACCCGGGUUACUACCGGGUCGGCCCCGCUCACAUCCAGUGCAUGGCCAAUGGGGCGUGGAGCUGGCGGAACGAACGACCUCGAUGCAGAAGUGGGUGGUGACGUUUUAGAACUGCUCCAGUCUUGAUGAAGUCUUUGUUGUAUAGAUCUUUCUAUGUUGUCAUGGGAACUAUUGUAGGACAGCCUUGAAUAGAUUCAGAUAUUUUUGCCUUUAAAUAGGGUGUGUGUGGGGGGGGUGAGAGUAUUGAAUAAAUAUUGAGCCAUUCAGUAAUGUCCUCCCCUGUCUUUCUCUCUCUCUCUCUGCGCUCCCCUGUCUAACUCUCUCUCUCUGUUCUCCCCUGUGUAUCUCUCUCUCUCUCUCUCUCUCUCUCUCUCUCUGCUCUCCCCCAUCUGUCUCUCUCUCUCUGCUCUCCCCCAUCUGUCUUCUUCUCUCUGCUGGUACCCCGUCUGUGAGAGCAGGAGCUAGUAAGGAGGAGAGAUAAGACGUGAGGGCGAUAAGCUGUUCCGGCUGGUGUGGGCGAACCCCUGGAGGGGCGAGAGUCUUGGCGCUCCCAACGGCGGGGUCUCUCUCUGUGCGGCUAUCCACUGUAUCGCGCUCUUGACUCUUCCCAACUGGGGGGAGCGCGAGCGAGCUGGGCGAGGACCCCCAGCGGGAGAGCCGAGAGCGCGAUCGCCCCCGCAGCGCGAGAGGCGCGCGAUCGAGCGAGCGCGGGCGGGGGCCAGGGCGGCGGAGAGGCAAAGGGCCUCCAACGUUCUACUCUCUCUCUCUAUCUCUCUCUCUCUCUCUCUCUCUCUCUCUCUCCUCUGUGCUCUCCCCCAUCUGUAUCUCGCUCUCUGCCUUCUCCCCAUUGUCUCUUUCCAUCUAUCUGCUUUCCCCCGUAGUUCUGUCUCUUCUCUUUGCUAUCCCAGUAUUUUUCUGUUUCUCUCAUCUCUCUUGCUCACCCCUGUCUGUUCCUCUCUAUCUGCUCUCCCCCGUCAUGUACUCUCUCUCUCUGCUCUCCAAUGUAUCUUCUCAUGAUCUCCACUUGGGGGAAGAGAGAGGCGAGCGGAGAGAAAAAAAAGAGGGGCGAGAAGAGAGAGAGAGCGAAAAAGACGGAGAGAGAGAGAGAGGAGAGAGCGAGAGAGAGGGAGGGGGGCAAAGAAGGGAAGGGGAGGGAGGAGAGAAGAAAGGGAAAAAGGAGAGAGCGAGCAGAGAGAGAGAGAGAGAGAGAGAGAGAGAGAGAGAGACUCUUACUCUCUCUAUACGCGCUCUUCUCUCUCUCGCUCAUCUCUCUCUGUUCGCCCCUGGUAGAUUGUCUCUCUCUCUCUAUGUCUCCCCUAGCUGCCGUGUCUUGUCUCUUUUUCUCGCUUUGUUUCUACCCUGCCUUGGCGCUCUAUCUUCUGUUAAGACACAUGCUGGUAGAGCGUCAACGUUCCCCCGGAGAAAGAGAGGAGAGAGAGAGAGAGAGAGAGAGAGAGAUAGAGAGAGGGAGAGAGAGCUCCUCUCUCUCUCUCGCUCUCUCUCCUAUCUCUCUUGUUCUCACCUUCCUUUGUCUGGCUCUCUCUCUCUUUUAUCCCUUGUCUGUCUCUUUUUCUCUCUUGUUCUACCAUGCAUGUCUCCUCUCUGUUCUCCACUGUGUAUCUCUCUCCUCUCUCUGCUUUCCCCCAUCUGUCUCUCUCUCUCUGCUCUCCAACCGUCUGUUCUCUCUCCUCCUUGCUCUCCCACCCGCGUGCUCUCUCCUCUUGCUUCUCCCACGUCUAUCUCUCUCUCUCUGCUCUCCCACUGUAUCUCUCUCUUUGCUUCUCCACUGUGUUCUCUCUCUCUCUCUGCUAUCCCCCAAUCUGUCUCUCUCUUCUCUCUGCUCUCCCCGCCUCUCUUUCUCUCUCUCGCUCUCUGUCUGUUCUCCCUGUCUGCUCUCUCCACUUCCACCGUUUCUCGCGCUCUCUCUCUCUGUUCUACCAUUCUGUCUUGUCUCUCUCUCUAUCCUUUACUCCCUUGUCUGUCUCUUUUCUCUCUCGUUUCUCCCCUGCCAUGUCUCUCUCUCUCCUCUGUUCUCCCCUGUGUUAUCUUCUCUCUCUCUCUCUCUCUCUCUCUCUCUAUUGCUCGCCCAGUCUAUCUCUCUCUAUUGCUCUCCCCCGUCUGUCCACGCUCUCUGUGGCUCUCCCCGUCGUCUCUCUCUCUCUGCUCUCCCCCCAUCUGUCUCUCUCUGCUCUCCCCCGUCGUAUCUCUCUAUGCUCUCCCCCCCGUCUGUUCUCUCUCUGCUCUUCCCUGUCUGUAUCUCCUUCUCUCUCUCACUCUCUCUGAUUCUCCCCUCUGGCUGUCUAUCUCUCUCUAUGUUCUCCACUGUCUGUUCUCUUUUCUCUCGCUGUUCUCCCCUGCAUGUCUCUCUCCUCUGUUCUCCCCUGGCGUGUUUCUCUCCCACUUUACCCGUCUUCUCUCUAUCUCUCUCUCUCUAUCUCUCUCUAUAUCUCUCUAUCUCCUCUCUCUCUAUCUCUCUCUCUCUCAUCUCUCUCUCUCUCCUCUCUCUAUAUCUCUCUAUCUUCUAUAUGUGUUCUCCACUGUCUGUAUCCUCUCUCUUUCUCCAUGUCUGUCUCUUUUCUCUCUCUGUUCCCCCUGCAUGUCUCUCUCUCUAUUUUCCCCGUGUAUCUCUCUCUCUCUCUCUCUCCUGCUUCUCCCCCGUCCUGUCUCUCUCUCUCUGCUCUCCCCGUCGGUCUCGCAUCGGCUCUCCCCGUCUGUCUCUCUCUGCUUCUCCCCGUCUGUCUCUUCUGCUCUCACCCCAUCUGUCUCCUCUCUCUGCUCUCCACCCAUCUGUCUCUCUCUCUGAGGAAGAGAAAAGGGGCGGGGAGGAGAGAAGGAGGAAGAGAAAAAAAGAGGGAGAGAGAGAGAGGCGAGAGAACCGGAAGAGACUAGAGAGAGAGAGUCUUCUCUCUCUCUCUCUCUCUCUCUCUCUCUCUCUUCUCUAUCUCUAUCAUAUCUAUCUAUGUUCUCAACUGUAUGUAUCUCUCUCCUCUGUUCCCCCUGUCUGUCUCUUUUCUCUCUCUGUUAUCCAAUGAAUGUCUCUCUCUCUAUGUUCUCCCAGUUCUGUCUCUAUCCACUUCCCCCAUCUGUAUCUCUCUCUAUGAUAUCACCAAUUAUGUCCUCUUCUCUGUUCUCCCCGUAUGUCUCUCUCUCCUUUUAUCCCCUGUCUGUCUAUUUUUUCCUAUGUUCUCCCUGACUGUCGCUCUCUGUUAUCCCUGUGUAUCUCUCUCUCUCUCUCUCUGCUAUCCCCGCUGUAUCGAUCUCUCUGCUAUACCCAGUCUGUCUCUCUAUAUCUGCUCUACCCCGUCUGUCUCUCUCUGCUCUCACACGUAUGUCUCUCUCUCUCUGACUCCCCCGUCUGUCUAUCUCUAUCUGACUCUUCCACUGUGGGAGAGAGAGAGAGAGGAGAAAAAAAGAGGGAGAGAGAGAGAGAGGAGAGAAAAAGAAAAGAGAGAGAGAGAGAGAGAGAGAGCGAGGAGACGAGAGAGAGAGAGGAGGAGAGAGAGAGAGAGGAGAGAGGUUCUCCCCUGUAUGUCUCUCUCCACUUUCUCCCAUCUUCUCUCUCUCUAUCUCUGUUCACCCUGUUUCGGUUCUUCUCUCGCUCUCUUAUUUCUCCCCUGUCGUCUCUUUUCUAUCUCUGUUCUCCCUGCUUGUUCUAUCUCUGUUCUCCCCUGUGUAUCUCUCUCUCUCGCUCUCUCUAUCUCUCUGCUCUCCCCCGUCUGCCUCUCUCUCUCUGCUCUCCCCUGUCUGUCUCGUUACUUCUGCUCCCCCACGUCUGUCUCGCUCUCGCUGCUGCUCACCGCUGUACUCUCUCUCUCUGAUAGUCCCCGUUCUGUCUCUAUCUCUCUGCUCUCCCCGUCGUAUAUCUCUCUCUGCUCUCACUGUGUCUAUCUCUCUUCGCUGCUCUACACAUCUGUCUCUCUCUCUCUCUGAUCUACCCCCCGCCCCUCUCUCUCUCUCUCUCUCUCUCUCUCUCUCUCUCUCUCUGUUCUCCCCUGUCUGUCUCUCUCCACUUUCUCCCAUCUCUCUCUCUCUCUCUCUCUGUUCUCCCCUGUCUGUCUCUCUCGCUCUCUUUUCUCCCCUGUCUGUCUCUUUUUCUCUCUCUGUUCUCCCCUGCCUGUCUCUCUCUCUGUUCUCCCCUGUGUAUCUCUCUCUAUCGAUCUCUCAUAUCUCUUGCUCGCCCCCGUCUGCCUCAAUCUCUCUCUGCAUCCCAUGUCUGUCUACGCUUCUCUGCUCUCCCCCGUCUGUCUCGCUCUCUCUGCUCUCCCCCGUCUGUCUCUCUCUCUCUGCUAUCCCCCGUCUGUCUCUCUCUCUAGCUUCCCCCGUCUGUCUCUCUCUCUGUUUUCCCCGUAUGUCUCUCUCUCUCUGAUCUCCCCGUCUUUCUCUCUCCUCUGCUCACCCCGUCUGUCUCUCUCUCUCUGCUCUCCCCCGUCUGUCUCUCUCUCUCUGCUCUCCACUGUAUCUCUCUCUCUCUGCUCUCCACUGUGUCUCUCUCUCUCUCUGCUCUCCCCCAUCUGUCUCUCUCUCUCUCUCCUAAUCUCUGCUCUCACCCCCAGCCCUCUCUUUCUCUCUCUCUCUUAUUUCUGUUCUACCCUGUAGUCUCUCUCCACUUCCCCCGUCUCUCUCUCUCUCUCUCUCUACCCUGUCGGUCUAUAUCUCUCUCUCUUUUCUCCAUGUCUGUCUCUUUUUCUCUCUCGUUCUCCCCUGCAUGUCUCUCUCUCUCUCUGUUCCUACCAUGUGGAUCUAUCUCUCAUCUCUCUCUCUCUCUCUCUGAUCUCCCCCGGCUAUCUCCUCUCUCUACUGCUCUCCCCCGUCUGUUCACUCUCUCUGUCUCCCCCCGUCUGUCUCUCUCUCUCUGCUCUCCCCCCUCGUCUAUUCUCUGCUCUCUCCCCCGCUUCUGUCUCUCUCUUAUGCUCUCCACCCGUCUGUCUCUUCUCUCUGCUAUCCCCCGUCUGUCUACUCUCUCUUGCCUUCUCCCCUGGCUCUCUCUCUCUUUCUCUCUGGGCUUCCACCUCUGUCUCUCUCUGCUCCCCGUCUGUCUCUUUCUCUCUGCUCUCCUCCGUCUGUCUCUCUCUUCUCUCUCCGUCUGUCUCUCUCUCUCUCUCCUCUCCCCCGUCUGUCUGUCUGUCUGUCUCUCGCUCUCUCUCUGCUCUCCCCCGUCUCUCUCCCCGUCUCUCUCUCUCUCUCUCUCUCCUCUCUCUCUCUCUCUCUCUCUCUCUCUCUGGUCUCCCCUGUCUGUCUCUUUCUUAUUGCAGUCAUUUCCUGUGGAGAGCUGCCCACUCCUCCAAAUGGGAGAAAGAUUGGAACUCAGACUACCUUUGGAGGCUUUGCCAUCUUCAGCUGCAACCCUGGAUACAUCCUGGUGGGAUCCACUGUGAGGGAGUGCAUGCUGUCAGGACUGUGGAGCGGCAUAGAGGCUCAAUGCCUGGGUAGGGACUCCCACUCUAGCCUGGUUACCAGUCUGUUUGUGCCAUCAUGCCACUCCUUGUCGUGAUAACACAGACAUAACUGGGACCAGGCUACUCCUAUUCUCCUUCCCUCCUUUCCUAUUUAUUUACUGGGAUAGACAGGCUUGAAAGAGAGUUGGAGAGAGAUAGAUAGGACACAUUUAUAGUGGUAGUGGGAUCAGAUCCCACACAGACACAUAUGGUGUAUGAAAUGUUGGUGCUGGCACCAGCCAAUAGAGCAGCUCAAUGCACUGGCUACAGACUCUUCUACGGAGAUGACUCUCUGGAUCUUUUAGGACUCUAUGACAGAGUCUAUUAAUCUCUCUGUAUCUUCGUUGCUGGAGAACCAAGCUAGCAUAUCUGAGAAACAGUAUCUGCUGCUCUCUAGUUUAAAAGCGUGUUAAUACAUCUCUGGAGUGUUUCUGUAAUGUGGGAGGGAAAUGCUAUGAGGAGGGAAAUCUGAGUUGCAUUAAUUCGCUCUCUAUUUCCUCCAUUUAAGAGUUAAGAGUCAGGAAGGCUCAGUGAGUUUCUACUAAGGCAGAUUUAUUGUAGCUCGAGGUAAUGUGAUUAUACUGUAUGAGGGUACCAGACUGUACUUAAUAUAUUGAGAAAUAUUGAGAAAAUACACUGACUGUACAAAACAUUAAGAACACCUUCCUAAUCUUGAGUUGCAACCCCCCCCCCCACCUUUUGCCCUCAGAACAGCCUCAAUUUGACGGGUCAUGGACUCUACAAGGUGUCGAAAGCGUUCCACAGGGAUGUUGACUCCAAUGCUUCCCACAGUUGUGUCAAGUUGGCUGGAUGUCCUUUGGGUGGUGGACCAUUCUUGAUACACACGGGAAACUGCUAGGCGUGAAAACUCGGCAGUGUUGCAGUUCUUGACAUACUCAAACCGGUGCGCCUGGCACCUACUACCAUACCCCGUUCAAAGGCACUUAAAUAUUUUGUCUUGCCCAUUGACCCUCUGAAUGGCACACAUUUCUCAAUUGUCUCAAGGCUUAAAAAUCCUUCUUUAACCUCCACUUCCACUACACUGAUUGAAGUGGAUUUAACAAGUGACUUCAAUGAGGGAUCAUAGCUUUCACCUGGUCAGUCUGUCAUGGAAUGAGCAGGUGUUCUUAAUGUUUUGUAUACUCAGUGUAUGGAGAAUAUAUAGAGAAUGUAUAGAAAAUAUAUAGAGGAUAUAUAGAGAAAAUAUAGAGAAUAUAUAGAGGAUAUAUAGAGGCUAUAUAGAGUACAUAUCGAGGAUAUAUAGAGGAUAUAUAUAGAGUAUAUACAGAGGAUAUAUAGGGAAUAUAUAGAGGGUAUAUAGAGGAUAUAGAGUAUAUAUAGAGGAUAUAUAGAGAAUAUAUAGAGGAUAUAUAGAGAAUAUAUAGAGGAUAUGUAGAGGGUAUAUAGAGGACAUACAGUUGAAGUCUGAAGUUUACAUAUACCUUAGCCAAAUACAUUUAAACUCAGUUUUUCACAAUUCCUGACAUUUAAUCCUAGUAAAAAUUCACUGUCUUAGGUCAGUUAGAAUCACCACUUUAUUUUAAGAAUGUGAAAUGUCAGAAUAAUUUUAGAGAGUGAUUUAUUUCAGCUUAUAUUUAUUUCAUCACAUUCCCAGUGGGUCAGAAGUUUACAUACACUCAAUUAGUAUUUGGUAACAUUGCCUUUAAAUUGUUUAACUUGGGUCAAACGUUUCGGGUAGCCUUCCACAAGCUUCCCACAAUAAGUUGGGUGAAUUUUGGCCCAUUCCUCCUGACAGAGCUGGUGUAAAUGAGUCAGGUUUGUAGGCCUCCUUGCUCGCACACGCUUUUUCAGUUCUGCCCACAAGUUUUCUAUAAGGUUGAGGUCAGGGCUUUGUGAUGGCCACUCCAAUACUUUGACUUUGUUGUCCUUAAGCCAUUUUGCCACAACUUGGAAGUAUGCUUGGGGUCAUUGUCCAUUUGGAAGACCCAUUUGUGACCAAGCUUUAACUUCCUGACUGAUGCCUUGAGAUGUUGCUUCAAUAUAUCCACAUCAUUUUCCUUCCUCAUGAUGCCACCUAUUUUGUGAAAUGCACUAGUCCCUCCUGCAGCAAAGCACUCCCACAGCAUGAUGUUGCCACCCCCGUGCUUCACGGUUGGGAUGGUGUUUCUUCGGCUUGCAAGCCCCCCCUUUUUCCUCCAAACAUAAGGAUGGUCAUUAUGGCCAAACAGUUAUAUUUUUGUUUCAUCAGACCAGAGGACAUUUCUCCAAAAAGUACAAUCUUUGUCCCCAUGUGCAGUCUGUAUCCAGCAUCUUCACAAGGUCCUUUGCUGUUGUUCUGGGAUUGAUUUGCACUUUUCGCACCAAAGUACAUUAUAAUAAUAAUAAUGAUAUGCCAUUUAGCAGACGCUUUUAUCCAAAGCGACUUACAGUCAUGCGUGCAUAAAUUUUCUUUGUGUAUGGGUGGUCCCGGGGAUCGAACCCACUACCUUGGCGUUACAAGCGCCGUGCUCUACCAGCUGAGCUCAUCUCUAGGAGACAGAACGCAUCUCCUUCCUGAGCGGUAUGACGGCUGCGUGGUCCCAUGGUGUUUAUACUUGCGUACUAUUGUUUGUACAGAUGAACGUGGUACCUUCAGGCGUUUGGAAAUUGCUCCCAAGGAUGAACCAGACUUGUGGAGGUCUACAAUUUCUUUCUGAGGUCUUGGCUGAUUUCUUUUGAUUUUCCCAUGAUGUCAUGCAAAGAGGCACUGAGUUUGAAGGUAGGCCUUGAAAUACAUCCACAUGUACACCUCCAAUUGACUCAAAUAAUGUCAAUUAGCCUAUCAGAAGCUUCUAAAGCCAUGACAUCAUUUUCUGGAAUUUUCCAAGCUGUUUAAAGGCACAGUCAACUUAGUGUAUGUAAACUUCUGACCCACUGGAAUUGUGAAAUAAUCUGUCUGUAAACUAUUGUUGGAAAAAUUACUUGUGUCAUGCACAAAGUAGAUGUCCUAACUGACUUGCCAAAACUAUAGUUUGUUAACAAGACAUUUGUGGAGUGGUUUUAAUGACUCCAACCUAAGUGUAUAUAAACUUCCGACUUCAACUGUAUAGAGGAGAGAACAUAUAGAGAAUAUAUGGGAAUUUAUAGAGGAUAUAUAGAGAACAUAUAUAGAGAACAUAUAGAGGAUAUAUAGAGAAUACAGUGAGGGGAAAAAGUAUUUGAUCCCCUGCUGAUUUUGUACGUUUGCCCACUGACAAAGAAAUGAUCAGUCUAUAAUUUUAAUGGUAGGUUUAUUUGAACAGUGAGAGACAGAAUAACAACAACAAAAUCCAGAAAAAUGCAUUUAAAAAAUGUUAUAAAUUGAUUUGCAUUUUAAUGAGGGAAAUAAGUAUUUGACCCCCUCUCAAUCAGAAAGAUUUCUGGCUCCCAGGUGUCUUUUAUACAGGUAACGAGCUGAGAUUAGGAGCACACUCUUAAAGGGAGUGCUCCUAAUCUCAUCUUGUUACCUGUAUAAAAGACACCUGUCCACAGAAGCAAUCAAUCAAUCAGAUUCCAAACUCUCCACCAUGGCCAAGACCAAAGAGCUCUCCAAGGAUGUCAGGGACAAUAUUGUAGACCUACACAAGGCUGGAAUGGGCUACAAGACCAUCGCCAAGCAGCUUGGUGAGAAGGUGACAACAGUUGGUGCGAUUAUUCGCAAAUGGAAGAAACACAAAAUAACUGUCAAUCUCCCUCGGCCUGGGGCUCCAUGCAAGAUUUCACCUGGUGGAGUUGCAAUGAUCAUGAGAACGGUGAGGAAUCAGCCCAGAACUACACGGGAGGAUCUUGUCAAUGAUCUCAAGGCAGCUGGGACCAUAGUCACCAAGAAAACAAUUGGUAACACACUACACCGUGAAGGACUGAAAUCCUGCAGCGCCCGCAAGGUCCCCCUGCUCAAGAAAGCACAUAUACAGGGCCGUUUGAAGUUUGCCAAUAAACAUCUGAAUGAUUCAGAGGAGAACUGGGUGAAAGUGUUGUGGUUAGAUGAGACCAAAAUCGAGCUCUUUGGCAUCAACUCAACUCGCCGUGUUUGGAGGAGGAGGAAUGCUGCCUAUGACCCCAAGAACACCAUCCCCACCGUCAAACAUGGAGGUGGAAACAUUAUGCUUUGGGGGUUUUUUUCUGCUAAGGGGAUAGGACAACUUCACCGCAUCAAAGGGACGAUGGACGGGGCCAUGUACCGUCAAAUCUUGGGUGAGAACCUCCUUCCCUCAGCCAGGGCAUUGAAAAUGGGUCGUGGAUGGGUAUUCCAGCAUGACAGUGACCCAAAACACACGGCCAAGGCAACAAAGGAGUGGCUCAAGAAGAAACAUAUUAAGGUCCUGGAGUGGCCUAGCCAGUCUCCAGACCUUAAUUCCAUAGAAAAUCUGUGGAGGGAGCUGAAGGUUCGAGUUGCCAAACGUCAGCCUCGAAACCUUAAUGACUUGGAGAAGAUCUGCAAAGAGGAGUGGGACAAAAUCCCUCCUGAGAUGUGUGCAAACCUGGUGGCCAACUACAAGAAACGUCUGACCUCUGUGAUUGCCAACAAGGGUUUUGCCACCAAGUACUAAGUCAUGUUUUGCAGAGGGAUCAAAUACUUAUUUCCCUCAUUAAAAUGCAAAUCAAUUGAUAACACCCUGUCGCUCUCCGCUAACAUCAAGGCGGUGACCCGAUCCUGUAGGUUCAUGCUCUACAACAUUCGGAGAGUACGACCCUGCCUUACACAGGAAGCGGCACAGGUCCUAAUCCAGGCACUUGUCAUCUCCCGUCUGGAUUACUGCAACUCGCUGUUGGCUGGGCUCCCUGCCUGUGCCAUUAAACCCCUACAACUCAUCCAGAAUGCCGCAGCCCGUCUGCUGUUCAACCUUCCCAAGUUCUCUCACGUCACCCUGCUCCUCCGCACACUCCACUGGCUUCCAGUUGAAGCUCGCAUCUGUUACAAGACCAUGGUGCUUGCCUAUGGAGCUGUGAGGGGAACGGCACCUCCGUACCUUCAGGCUCUGAUCAGUCCCUACACCCAAACGAGGGCAUUGCGUUCAUCCACCUCUGGCCUGCUGGCUCCCCUUCCUCUGCGGAAGCAUAGUUCCCGCUCAGCCCAGUCAAAACUGUUCGCUGCUCUGGCACCCCAAUGGUGGAACAAGCUCCCUCACGACGCCAGGACAGCGGAGUCACUCACCACCUUCCGGAGACAUUUGAAACCCCACCUCUUUAAGGAAUACCUGGGAGAGGAUAAAGUAAUCCUUCUACCCCCCCCCCCCCAAAAAAAAUAAAAAAAUAAAAAAAUAAAUAAAAUAAUAAUAUAAAAAAUAAAAUUAAUAAUAAAAAAAAAUACAUUGUAUAGUGGUGAUCCCACAGGCUAUAAGGUGAAUGUACCAUUUUGUAAGUCGCUCUGGAUAAGAGCGUCUGCUAAAUGACGUAAAUGUAAAUGUAAAUAACAUUUUUGACAUGCGUUUUUCUGGAUAUUUUUGUUGUUAUUCUGUCUCUCACUGUUUAAAUAAACCUACCAUUAAAAUUAUAGACUGAUCAUGUCUAUAAAACGUACAAAAUCAGCAGGGGAUCAAAUACUUUUUUCCCGCACUGUAUAUUACAUUUACAUUUUAGUCAUUUAGCAGAGCGACUUACAGUUAGUGAGUGCGUACAUUAUUUGUUUUAUUUUUCAUACUGGCCCCCCGUGGGAAUCGAACCCACAACCCUGGCGUUGCAAACGCCAUGCUCUACCAACUGAGCUACAUCCCUGCCGGCCAUUCCCUCCCCUACCCUGGAUGACGCUGGGCCAAUUGUGCGCCGCCCCAUGGGUCUCCCGGUCACGGCCAGCUACGACAGAGCCUGGAUUCGAACCAGGAUCUCUAGUGGCACAGCUAGACAUUUUACAUUUUGAAUUUUUGUAAAAUGCAAUGCAGUGCCCUAGACCACUGCGCCACUCGGGAGAUAUAUAGAGUAUAUAGAGGAUAUAUAGAGGCUAUAUAGAGGCUAUAGAGGGGAUAUAUAGAGGAUAUAUAGAGGGUAUAUAGAGAAUAUAUAGAGGAUAUAUAAAGUAUAUAGAGAAUAUAUAGAGGAUAUAUAGAGGAUGUAUAUAAUAUAUAGAGAGUAUAUAUAGAGGAUAUAGAGAGUAUAUAGAGAGGACAUAUAGAGGAUAUAUAGAGGAUAUAUAGAGAACAUAUAGAGGAUAUAUAGAGAGUAUAUAUAGAGUACAUUGAGGAUAUAUAGAGAACAUAUAGAGGAUAUAUAGAGGAUAUAUAGAGAUAUAUAUAGAGGAUAUAUAGUUAUAUAGAGAAUAUAUAGAGGAUAUAUAGAGGAUAUAUAGAUGAUAUAUAGAGGCUAUAUAGAAUAUAUAGAGAGGAUAUAUAGAGUAUAUAUAGAGGAUAUAUAGAGGAUAUAUAGAGGAUAUAUAGAGAACAUAUAGAGGAUAUAUAGAGGAUAUAUAGAGGAUAUAUAGACUGCUCUCUUCCUCCUUUCUUGGAUGGCUAACAGUACAUGACUGCGUCUGAAGUCACUUCCUAUCCCCUGUACAAUGCACUACCUUUGACCAGAGUAGACAGCAUAAGAAAUAGGAUGACAUUUCAGAUUUGCCCCAUGUGUUUAACUUUGCAGCAAAUAUUGUUGUAAAAGCGUGUAUAUGCUAAAUACAUUUGAUUGACUGAUUGCCUCCCACCCCCACACCUCCCUCCAGCUGGUCACUGUGGUAUCCCGGAGAAGAUUGUGAACGGCCAGGUGAUAGGGGAGAACUUUGGCUACAGAGACACCGUGGUGUACCAGUGUAACCCUGGCUUCAGACUCAUAGGAUCCUCAGUACGCAUCUGCCAGCAAGACCACCUCUGGUCCGGACAGCUGCCGCUGUGUGUCUGUAAGUGUUCACCUCUACCCUACUGGUCUGUAUCUGCAGAUGUUGUUAUAUCUACCCUACUGGUCUGUAUCUGUAGAUGUUGUUAUAUCUACCCUACUGGUCUGUAUCUGUAGAUGUUGUUAUAUCUACCCUACUGGUCUGUAUCUGUAGAUGUUGUUAUAUCUACCCUACUGGUCUGUAUCUGUAGAUGUUGUUAUAUCUACCCUACUGGUCUGUAUCUGUAGAUGUUGUUAUAUCUACCCUACUGGUCUGUAUCUGUAGAUGUUGUUAUAUCUACCCUACUGGUCUGUAUCUGUAGAUGUUGUUAUAUCCAUAGAAAUAGAAUGACUAGAAUGGUGAACCCCUUAAACCAGGGGUAUUCAAUUCUUACCCUACGAUGUCCGGAGUACUGCUGUUUUUCUUUUCUAACUGAAUAUUAAUUGCACCCAUCUGGUGUCCCAGAUCUAAAUCAGUAUUCUAUUAGAGGGGCAGAAUUAAAAAGCAGUGGAACUGUCUUGAAGAAGAUUUGAAGACCAUGCCUAGACCGAGGCAAUUUCACAAGAAAACUGAUGGGCAUACUCAAUGUGGCCGUCGGUCCAUAAAAAUGUAAACGCGUUCUAGUAAUUCCAGUAAUUGCAUUUCUAUGUGUGUAGCCAUCACAUGUGGCCAUCCAGGCAGUCCCAUCUAUGGAAGAACUACAGGGGAUGGAUUCAACUACAACGAUGUGGUCAGCUUCUUCUGUAACAAAGGCUACAUACUGGAGGGAGCAGCCAGAGCCCAGUGCCAGGCGAGCCGCCAGUGGAGUCAACAGCCACCUACAUGCAGAGGUGGGUAGCAGGCAGUAGGCACACACACACACUCCAACGUACACACACACACACACUCCAACGUACACACACACACACACGCACGUAUGGAGGCAUGCACUCACUCAUGCCCGCUCACACACACGCCCGCGCACACACACAGGCACAGCAUCACGCACUGGCAUGCACACAUACAUGCACAAACGCACACGCACGUACGCGUUUACAUUUUUAUGGAACAACGGCCACAUUCAGUGUCCCCAUCAGUGUUCCAGUGAAAUUGCCUAUGUAUGAAAAUGUAUGCAUUCACUAACUGUAAGUCGCUCUGGAUAAGAGCGUCUGCUAAAUGACUAAAAUGUCAAAUGUAAAAAUGUACGUACACACACACACUCAAAUCAAAUGUUAUUUGUCACAUGCGCCGAAUACAACAGGUGUAGACCUUACUGUGAAAUGCUUACUUACAAGCCCUUAACCAACAAUACAGAGUAAGUAAGUAAGAAACUUGCUAAAUAAACUAAAGGAAAAAUAGUAACACUAUAAAAUAACAAUAAUGAGGCUAUAUACAAGCAGUACUGGUACAGAGUCACUGUGCAGGGGUACGAGGUAGUUGAGGUAAGAUGUACAUGUAGCUAGUGGUAAAAGUGACUAGGCAAAGGGGAUAGAUAAUAAACAGAGUAGUAGCAGCGUAUGUGAAGAGUGUGAAUGUGUGUCUGUCUGUGUGUGUGUGUGUGUGUGUUUUGUCUGCGUGUCCAUGUGUGUGUGUGUUGGAUUAUCAUUGUAGUAUGUGUGAGUGUGUGGUUAAAGUCCACUGAGUGUACAUCGAGCCGGUGGAAGAGAGUCAGUGCAAAAAAUAAGAAUAAAUAAUAACAAAAUAAGGGGGUCAAUGCAAAUAGUUUUUUUAGGGCCUUCCUCUGUCACCACCUGGUAUAGAGGUCCUGGAUGGCAGGAAGCUUGGCCCCAGUGAUGUACUGGGCCGUACACACUACCUUCUGUAGUGCCUUGUGGUCGGAUGCCGAGCAGUUGCCAUACCAAGCGGUGAUGCAACCAGUCAGGAUGCUCUCGUUGGUACAGCUGUAUAACUUUUUGAGGAUCUGAGGACCCAUGCCAAGUCUUUUCAGCCUCCCAAUGGGGAAGAGGCCCUCUUCAUGACUGUGCUGAUGUGUUUGGACCAUGAUAGGUUCUUAGUGAUGUGGACACCAAGGAACUUGAAGCUCUCGACAUGUUCCACUACAGCCCCGUCGAUGUGAACGGGGGCGUGCUCAGCCCUCCUUUUCCUGUAGUCCACAAUCAGCUCCUUUGUCUUGCUAACGUUGAGGGAGAGGCUGAUGUCCUGGCACCACACUGCCAGGUCUCUGACCUCCUCCCUAUAGGCUGUCUCAUCGUCGUCGGUGAUCUGGCCUACUACCGUCGUCGGCAAACUUAAUGAUGGUGUUGGAGUCAUGCGUGGCCACGCAGUCAUGGGUGAACAGAGAGUACAGAAGGGGACUAAGCACACACCCCUGUGGGGCCCCCGUGUUAAUGGUCAGCGUGGUGGAGGUGAUGUUACCUACCCUCACCACCUCGGGGUGGCCCGUCAGGAAGUCCAACAUGUCGAUCCAGCUGCAGAGGGAGGUGUUCAAUCCAAAGAACCUUAGCUUAAUGAUGAGCUUGGAGGGCACUAUGGUGUUGAAUGCUGAGCUGUAGUCAAUGAACAGCAUUCUCACGUAGGUGUUCCUUUUGUCCAGGUGGGAAAGGACAGUGUGGAGUGCAAUAGAGAUUGCAUCAUCUGUGGAUCUGUUGGGACGGUAUGCGAAUUGGAGUGGGUCCAGUGUGUCUGGGAUGAUGGUGUUGAUGUGAACCAUGACCAGCCUUUCAAAGCAUUUCUUGGCUACAGAAACAGCAAAGCACAGACAUCUGACACCUAUAGCCUAUCUGUGGAAAAUAAAUGAGUCAUUUUAAGCAUCAUUAGUAUUUAAAAUACUUAAUAUAGCAUGGGUACGUCAAGUUCUGAUAGCUAGUCAUAGUAUAAACAGGAGCAGGCUGUGAUUGUGUCAUUUCAGCGAUUCUAUUAUUAACUGGCAAUUGAACAAAGACAACACUUGACAGAUAACACAGGUAGCGCUUUAUAAUGAAUAGUUCAGCCAGAUGGAAUAUACAAAAAAGUAUGAGCUUCCCAGAGGGAACAAUUAGAGCUAUGGUAUGAUGAUGGUUGAUAGGAAAAUAUAUACGUUAAUUAGGGAAAUUGUAGCCUGGUUCCAGAUCUGUUUGUGCUUUCAAGACAGUACAAACAGAUCUGGAACCAGGCUAGGGAAAAUAUUGACAUGGUUGACAACAGUUGUUAGUGAUACAAUAGUUUUGACAAUUGUUGUUAUUGAAAUCAUUUUAUUAACAUGAUAUAGUGAUAAUAAUUCUAUGUGUUUUAUUUCCAUCCAGUGGUGAACUGCACAGACCCAGGCAUCCCGGCUAACUCUAUCAGAGAGAGUAAGAUAGAGCAUGGUAACUUCACGUUGGGCAGUGUGGUGUUCUACAACUGUAACCCUGGAUACUACCUGUUUGGUUCCUCUGCACUGACCUGUCAACCUAUUGGCCACUGGGACAAACCUCUACCUGAAUGUCUUGGUACGUCUGUUUUCUCUUCAGAACUUGUUCGAGCUACAGAUGUAGGAUCUUAAUUUGAUCGCUGUUUUGUUGCUGAUGAAAUGCAGAUGCGCGUCGUGAUUUAUAGAAAUUCACUGAAAACCUGCACUAUCACACAGUUAUAUUAACAGUAUUCCACUUUUCAUGUAGCCUCAUUUUGACCAGCUAAUAGCCUAAACCCCGAUCAAUCAACAUUAUGGACUACACAUUCAAAUCCUGUUGCUGCAGGAUUAUUUUGCUGCCACAAUACAGGUCAAAUUAAGAUCCUACAUUUGUACCACACACCCACAACUACUGAGGUGCAGGAGUAGGCCAGAGAGAAAAAGGAAGCUUAUGCUCACCUAGGGUUGAUGCACAGUUCACAUUUAUUGUGCAAUAGUGCUUAGCUUUUGCUGUAAGUGACAUUCAUCCUAGCAUUUCUCCAUGAUCUACCUGUUGUUCUAACCAUGUGUUUUAUCCUUAGUGAACUUGAUUUGUAUAGGUCACAAAUGUUUGUAACCAAUGUCUGUCUAAAUGCUAAUUACCUAAUAAAUGCUGACUGUAAUGACUAUACUGACCUAUGCACUCUUAGAAAAAGGUAGAACCCUAUUGGGUUCCAUUUAGAACCCUUUCCACAGAGGGUUCUACAUGGAACCCAAAAUAGUUCUACCUGGAACCAAAAAGUGUUAUUCUAUGGGGAUAGCCAAAGAACCCUUUUGGAAACCCUUUUUUCUAAGAGUGUAGUGUUAAUGAUGCCUGCCUCCCAAAUGGCACCCCAUUCCCUAUAUAGUACACUACAUUUGACCAGGGGCCAUAGGGUUCUGGUCAAAAGUAGUACACUAUAUAGGGAAUAGGGUGCCAUUUGGGACACAUACAAUGUUAAUGAGCCAUAAGUAGCUAACUGUUGGCUAUGGGGAAUGUUACUGUGUGUUAUAGAAGAGGACUGUGGGAACCCUGGCUCUCCUCCCUACGGUACCAUGGUUGGGGAAAAGUUUUCGUUUGGCUCCCUGGUGCAGUACUCCUGUUCAGGGGACAGAGAGCUGAUUGGAGAGUCAUCAAUCACCUGUCAACUCAAUGGACACUGGAGCGGCCCCAUACCUCACUGUUCAGGCAAGGACCCAUACCUCACUGUUCAGGCAAGGACCCAUACCUCACUAUUCAGGUAAGGACCCAUACCUUACUGUUCAGGUAAGGACCCAUACCUUACUGUUCAGGCAAGGACCCAUACCUCACUGUUCAGGUAUGGACCCAUACCUCACUGUUCAGGCAAGGACCCAUACCUCACUGUUCAGGUAAAGAGGCCACAGACACAGAGUUCAGUAGCACUGCUCAGAUGAAGUCAGGAAAUUGACCUCCUGAAGUUUUGUUGUGUAGUAGUGCAUUAUUAUAAUGUGGUUUGUUCCCAUACGCAUCCCAAAUCAUUAUUAUAAUGUGGUUUGUUCCCAUAUGCAUCCCAAAUCAUUAUUAUAAUAUGGUUUGUUCCCAUAUGCAUCCCAAAUCAUUAUUUUAAUAUGGUUUGUUCCCAUAUGCAUCCCAAAUCAUUAUUAUAAUGUGGUUUGUUCCCAUAUGCAUCCCAAAUCAUUAUUAUAAUAUGGUUUGUUCCCAUAUGCAUCCCAAAUCAUUAUUAUAAUGUGGUUUGUUCCCAAAUCCAAGACCUCACUUACCUCUCUGCUCUGUACUUCCUAGAUUUGAAUCGGUUGCUUGCUUUCCAAGUUUCCAUCCAUCCCUCCCCACCACCAGGGAUAUUUAGUUUGAUGUUUCAGCAAGGCUCCUACCUUCCUCCCUAAAUCCCACCACUGUUCAUCCAGUCCAUCGCCGUUAAGUGUUCCUGACCGUUUAAAUUCAAUCUCAAAUCUCUCCUAAAACAUCUUUACUGCCUGUGAAAGAAGUGUAUACUCUGUUUAAUUCACUGACCCAAAAAUACAGGUCGGUGUGUGUAAGCAGAGAGAGGAAAGCAGAGUGGUUUCACAGUUGAUCAUGCUAUUUAAAUUCUCAGCCUCAGAACUUGAGGCUGCGUCCCAAACUAUUCUCUAUGUAGUGUACUACUUUUGACCAGGGCCCAUAGGGAAUAGGGUGCCUUUUGGAACGUGGUCUGAGUUUUUAAAGUAUUAACUCGAACACUUUAGUAUCUUUACCACAAAAGCCUGGAUGUGGAGACUGUCAGCCAGGACAUUUAAACGCCUGGAUGUGGAGACUGUCAGCCAGGACAUUUAAACGCCUGGAUGUGGAGACUGUCAGCCAGGAUAUUUAAACGCCUGGAUGUGGAGACUGUCAGCCAGGACUUUUAAACGCCUGGAUGUGGAUACUGUAAGCCAGGACAUUUAAACGCCUGGAUGUGGAUACUGUCAGCCAGGACAUUUAAACGCCUGGAGGUGGAGACUGUCAGCCAGGACAUUACACAUCCAGCCGCUCUCUCUGACUCACACAGACACGCUCCUCUCCUCUCUUGCUACGUCCAGCCUCUUUCUCUGACUCACACAGAUACUCUUCUCUCCUGAAGUGUCCAGCCUCUCUCUCUGCUCUCUCUGACUCACACAGACACGGUCCUCUUCUCUCCUGCAGCACCUCAACACCAGCUGUGCUGAGAGCCUCUGACCUGAAAUCUGUCUCAUGUAAAGACGUGUGGAGAGGGAUAUGAUGGGAUAUUAUGUGAACUUCUUCAGGUUCAGACACGAAGGCUCUCUGUCAACAACUCAGAUAUUAGCUAGCUAGAGCAAAGGGCCAUGAUUACUGCCCACGGUUGUCCAGAUUGGAGCUUGUUGCAGACAGGUACUAAUGGUGUUACAUAUACACAGGUAUACACAUUCCAAGUAAUUUAUUACAUUACCAGCUGACACUAGCAGACAGAAUACUAGUGUGUUAUAGGGUAGCUUGCUGUGGUGUCGUUUUAAUACUGUCAGCCAGGACAAUUUAUUAAACGCCUGGAGGUGGGAGACUGUCAGCAAGGACAUUUAGUAGAAAUUACUUCCUGAACAUGUGAACUUUCGUGUGCUUUAAUUACAGACUGAUCUGGGAAAAUCUGUCUAUAACAGAAUAGAUUUGGACAACUGCAAAAGUCAUGCUACAGUUCUGACUCCCGUGUUUACAUGAUGUGAUUGAGUUCUUUAUUAGUAUAGUCAUGCAUCUUCAGGAUAUCCAGCCCACAUGGGCUUAUAAGACAGUGUAUUUGCUGUAGCAAAAUAACAUAAUUAUGUCUAUAUAUGCACACAUACAUAUAUAUAUAUAUAUAAACAUCAAAUCUAAUCAAAUUGUAUUUGUCACAUACACGUGUUUUAGCAGAUGUUAUAGCGGGUGUAGUGAAAUGCUUGUGCUUCUAGCUCCGACAGUGCAGUAAUAUCUAACAAGUAAUAUCUAACAAUUUCACAACAUAUACCCAAUACACACAAAUCUAAGUAAGGAAUGAAAUGUAAGAAUAUAUACAUAUAUGGACAAGCAAUGACAGAGCGGCAUGGACUAAGAUACAGUAGUAUAUUAUAGAAUAGAAUACAGUAAAUACAUAUGAGAUGAGUAGUGCAAGAUAUGUAAACAUUAUUAAAGUGGCUAGUGUUCCAUUUCUUAAAGUGGCCAGUGAUUUCAAUAGGCAGCAGCAGCCUCUAAUGUGCUAGUGAUGGCUAUUUAACAGUCUGAUGGCCUUGAGAUAGAAGCUGUUUUUCAUUCUCUUGGUCCCAGCUUUGAUGUACCUGUACUGACCACGCCUUCUGGAUGAUAGCGGGGUGAACAGGCAGUGGCUCGGGUGGUUGAUGUCCUUGAUGAUCUUUUUGGCCUUCCUGUGACAUCGGGUGCUGUAGGUGUCUUGGAGGGUGGGUAGUUUGCCCCCGGUAAUGCGUUCUGCAGACCGCACCACCCUCUGGAGAGCCCUGUGGUUGCGGGCAGUGCAGUUGCCUUACCAGGCGGUGAUACAGCCCAACAGGAUGCUCUCAAUUGUGCAUCUGUAAAAGUUUGUGAGGGUUUUAGGUGCCAAGCCAAAUUUCUUCAAUCUCCUGAGGUUGAAGAGGCUCUGUUGCACCUUCUUCAGCACACUGUCUGUGUGGGUGGACCAUUUCAGUUUGUCAGUGAUGUGUACGCCAAGGAACUUGAAGCUUUCCACCUUCUCCACUGUUGUCCCGUCGAUGUGGACCACCUGGGGGGCGGCCCGUCAGGAUGUCCAGGACCCAGCUGCACAGGGCGGGGUUCAGACCCAGGGCCUUGAGCUUAAUGAUGAGCUUGGAGGGUACUAUGGUGUUGAAUGCUGAGCUAUAGUCAAUGAACAGCAUUCUUACAUAGGUAUUCCUCCUGUCCAGAUGGGAUAGGGCAGUGUGCAGUGUGAUGGCUUUCAUACGGCAGUGAAAAACUACUGAGAAAACAAAACCAGAACCUUUCAAUUAACUGAUCUAAUCGCAUCUUCCAAGCUUUGGAGAUUACAUUUGCAACCAGGAAUACUUAUUUCCAAAAUAACCAUUCAAGUUUUUCUUUAUCUCUAGUCCAGAAUAGUUUCUGUUUUCUUUGCAACAUUUUAUCAAACAGUAUACACUACCGGUCAAAAGUUUUAGAACACCUACUCAUUCAAGGGUUUUAGAAUAAUAGUGAAGACAUCAAAACUAUGAAAUAACACAUGUGAAAUGAUGUAGUAACCAAAAAAGUGUUAAACAAAUCAAAACGUAUUUUAUAUUUGAGAUUCUUCAAAUAGCCACCCUUUGCCUUGAUGACAGCUUUGCUCUAAAUAGGAAACCAUCCAGUCUUCAGUUCAUUAACCUGUCCACGGGAGACUGGAGCUGUAUAUAGGAAACCAUCCAGUCUUCAGUUCAUUUACCUGUCCACAGGAGACUGGAGCUCUAAAUAGGAAACCAUCCAGUCUUCAGUUCAUUAACCUGUCCACGGGAGACUGGAGCUGUAUAUAGGAAACCAUCCAGUCUUCAGUUCAUUUACCUGUCCACAGGAGACUGGAGCUCUAUAUAGGAAACCAUCCAGUCUUCAGUUCAUUUACCUGUCCACAGGAGACUGGAGCUCUAUAUAUUUGUAUAACUGAACGUGUUGUUUAAGAUCCCAGAGUAUAAUUGAACGUGUUGUUUAAGAUCCCAGAGUAUAACUGAACCUGUUGUUUAAGAUCCCAGAGUAUAAAUGAACCUGUUGUUUAAGAUCCCAGAGUAAAAAUGAACCUGUUGUUUAAGAUCCCAGAGUAUAACUGAACCUGUUGUUUAAGAUCCCAGAGUAUAAAUGAACCUAUUGUUUAAGAUCCCAGAGUAUAAAUGAACCUGUUGUUUAAGAUCCCAGAGUAUAAAUGAACCUGUUGUUUAAGAUCCCAGAGUAUAACUGUAGACUGCUAAUAAGGCUGAUAUGUAAUUUAAAGGACCCUGGAUCAUUCUUUGCUGACUUUGGGAUUGGUUUAAUUAUGGAUCUGUACCAAGUUGAAGGGAUGAUACCAUUUUUAAAACACAUUUGAAAAAGACUAAAUAGAGUCUGCAGUAACCUAGGAGACUUCAGGACUUUUAGGACUCUAUUCAUCUAUAUUAUGUAGCUUCUCUAGUUUUUUUUCUUCUAGUUUCUGCUUUUUCAACAGCCUUCCUAACUUCCUCCAGAUCCUACCUUUUCAUGGUUGUUUGAUCAAUAUGACUGUAAAGUUGCCAAAUGUAAGAGGACUCCCGUGAUAUUGACAUAUUUGCAGAAAUCCAAUCUGGUGUAUUUUGUGGCUUUUGGCGAAUGUGUUCUAAUGAUCUAAAGUUGCACUGUUCCAACUGCCUGUAAACACACAGUCCAGUUCAAAGUCAAUGAUGGCAGGCCUGUGUGGCAAAUGGCUUGUUUGCAUAAAGGCCUACUGAAGCUCUGAUUGGCUAUGGUGCACCGGUCUGCAUAGACUCCGGUCCUGGACAAGAUAAUGUUUUUAUCAGGUUUUAUUUACUGCAGUGUCUAUUAAUUGUCCAAACUCUAUAUUGCUAUAGAAUGCCUUACUAUACGUAAUUCCCAAAUAUUCUAUGAAUUUAUGAAAACGUGAAAAUGACCAUAUCUAAGUGCUCACUUGUCAGAAAAUGUUUUAAAAAGUGUCAUAUUCUUUCUCGGGGUGUAUAUGAACCGAUUUGAAUAAGAUGUGAUGUUGCUUAACUGCUGUCAGUUCCACGUUGAACCUCUUCUCAUUGAUUGGCCUUUACAUUUCAGGAACAUCUCAUUACAGACCAGAAAUGACUUAACUAUUUUAUCCAAUACAGUUGACCAAUUAGUUGAGGUCUCUUAGGCUUGUAUGGAACUGAUUUAACAGGUAAAGACUUUUCCAUUGCCUCAUGUAGUACAUGACAGAACCGGCCAUACCGCUGAUCAAUAUUAUUUGGUGUUUUCUGGCAAGCUUCCAGGUUAUCAAUAAGGUCCGUAAGAACAGUACAGCACAUGUCAGAUGAAAGACAAUGGUCAGGUAGGUUUCUGGGCCUUCUUUUGGUCUGAUUUGCACUUGAUUUAUAUAAGCCUACAUUGCCUUCCUCCCCAGUAUAGUUUCCCACCAUGCAUUUCAUAAUAGACAACAAUGAAUGAUCAGGAAGUCUACUACGGUCUCCAAUCAGGCCAAUACACUCAGCUCAGUUGAAGUAAUCACAUUCAACUCAACACAUGUCUUGAGACAGUCAUGGGGUGUUACAAUAUAGUGGACGACUGCUUUUCCCUUUGGUGAUAUUGAUGAGAGUUUUGUGGUGGUAGUCUACCAUUCAGAAUGCAGCACUUGGAAUCCUUUAAGAAUUCAAUGAACGUUGCCCCAUGCCUCUUUCCACCUGUCUAUAGCAACUUUAUAAGAAACAUUAUUAUGUUGAAAAUCCCAAAUUAUUUGCAUAGUAAACUUAUACACAGCUCUGACACACACACUUACCCCACCAGACAUGCCACCAGGGGUCUUUUCACAGUCCUCAAAUCCAGAACAAAUUCAAGAGAGCGUACUGUAUUAUAUAGAGACAUUUUUGCAUGGAACUCCGUUCGAUCUCAUAUUGCUCAAAUAAACAGCAAACCUGGUUUCAAAAAACAGAUAAAGCAACACCUCACGGCACAAUGCCUCUCCCCUGUUUGACCUAGAUAGUUUGUGUGUAUGUAUUGAUAUGUAGACUACGUGUGCCUUUUUUUUAAAAUGUAUGUAGUUCUGUCCUUGAACUGUUCUUGUCUAUUAAUGUUCUGUAUUAUGUCAUGCUUCAUGUUUUGUGUGGACCCCAGGAAGAGUAGCUGCUGCUUUUGCAAGAGCUAAUGGGGAUCCUAAUAAAAUACCAAAUACCAAAAUACCACACCAUGAGCGUAAAUUAUACAAUCUUUCAGAUCGGCAACAAGACUGUCCACAUACAGUGGGGAAAACAAGUAUUUGAUACACUGCCGAUUUUGCAGGUUUUCCUACUUACAAAGCAUGUAGAGGUCUGUAAUUUUUAUCAUAGGUACACUUCAACUGUGAGAGACGGAAUCUAAAACAAAAAUCCAGACUGCACCUGUUUGAACUCGUUACCUGUAUAAAAGACACCUGUCCACACACUCAAUCAAACAUACUCCAACCUCUCCACAAUGGCCAAGACCAGAGAGCUGUGUAAGGACAUCAGGGAUAAAAUUGUAGACCUGCACAAGGCUGGGAUGGGCUACAGGACAAUAGGCAAGCAGCUUGGUGAGAAGGCAACAACUGUUGGCGCAAUUAUUAGAAAAUGGAAGAAGUUCAAGAUGACGGUCAAUCACCCUCGGUCUGGGGCUCCAUGCAAGAUCUCACCUCGCGGGGCAUCAAUGAUCAUGAGGAAGGUGAAGGAUCAGCCCAGAACUACACUGCAGGACCUGGUCAAUGACCUGAAGAGAGCUGGGACCACAGUCUCAAAGAAAACCAUUAGUAACACACUACGCCGUCAUGGAUUAAAAUCCUGCAGCGCACGCAAGGUCCCCAUGCUCAAGCCAGCACAUGUCCAGGCCCGUCUGAAGUUUGCCAAUGACCAUCUGGAUGAUCCAGAGGAGGAAUGGGAGAAGGUCAUGUGGUCUGAUGAGACAAAAAUUGAGCUUUUUGGUCUAAACUCCACUCGCCGUGUUUGGAGGAAGAAGAAGGAUGAGUACAACCCCAAGAACACCAUCCCAACCGUGAAGCAUGGAGGUGGAAACAUCAUUAUUUGGGGAUGCUUUUCUGCAAAGGGGACAGGACGACUGCACCGUAUUGAGGGGAGGAUGGAUGGGGCCAUGUAUCGCGAGAUCUUGGCCAACAACCUCCUUCCCUCAGUAAGAGCAUUGAAGAUGGGUCGUGGCUGGGUCUUCCAGCAUGACAACGACCCGAAACACACAGCCAGGGCAACUAAGGAGUGGCUCCGUAAGAAGCAUCUCAAGGUCCUGGAGUGGCCUAGCCAGUCUCCAGACCUGAACCCAAUAGAAAAUCUUUGGAGGGAGCUGAAAGUCGAUCUUGCCCAGCGACAGCCCCGAAACCUGAAGGAUCUGGAGAAGGUCUGUAUGGAGGAGUGGGCCAAAAUCCCUGCUGCAGUGUGUGCAAACCUGGUCAAGACCUACAGGAAACGUAUGAUCUCUGUAAUUGCAAACAAAGGUUUCUGUACCAAAUAUUAAGUUCUGCUUUUCUGAUGUAUCAAAUACUUAUGUCAUGCAAUAAAAUGCAAAUUAAUUACUUAAAAAUCAUACAAUGUGAUUUUCUGGAUUUUUGUUUUAGAUUCCGUCUCUCACAGUUGAAGUGUACCUAUGAUAAAAAUUACAGACCUCUACAUGCUUUGUCAGUAGGAAAACCUGCAAAAUCGGCAGUGUAUCAAAUACUUGUUCUCCCCACUGUAUACAUACCGUAUACAUAGGAUCAGUGUAUAGAGACCUGAGACCCGUCCCCUUGUAGAACCAUCCGGUGGUAAAUAACAAGAGAAAAUAUAUAACGAAAGAAUAUUGCGACACAGUGUUCAAAUCAAUGUUCACUCUAUAUUGUUCAAAUCAUUUGUUCCUAACAAAAAAAGUCCAACGCCACCUGAAGCUUUAUGGGCUCUUAUGUGAACGUUUCGGUUGUGUCCAAACCAAGAAUAACCAUCCAAGUCAAUAGUGGAGUCGCUUCCUCAUCCUCCCAUUCCCCGAAAUAUAGAAAUCUCUCCCAGCCGGGAUCUCUCGUAGGACUGUUCUGAAGUGGAGUUGGAUGAUUCGAUCUUUGUGGGACUUGGCCGAUCUGAUGAACACCCUCUUGAAUUUUUGGCUGCUCUUCAGAUGUUGCUUCAGCCGGAGGACAUCCACUUUAUCUUUCACCCCCCGGAAUGCGACCUUCACGACUCCUGGUCCCUGGCCUCUCUCUCUCUCUCUCUCUCUCGCUCUCGCUCUCUCUCUCGCUCUCGCUCUCGCUCUCGCUCUCGCUCUCGCUCUCUCGCUCUCUCUCUCUUUCUUUCUCGCUCUGAUCUGAUCUGCUCUGCUUGACUUGUUCUUCAUUACAAUAUGAAAUGUUCAGAAGAUGGGAUCGGUCACUCUCCUCCUCCCCUCCCCUCCUCUCCUCUCUUCCCCUCAUCCUCAGCUUCACAAGGGAACAUGUCCCAGUUUCCUACUGGAGCUUUUUAAUGGGGGGAAAGUUAAGCUACCAUAAAGUGCCUCCACUAAUUCAUUUGCAACGACUGAGGUUGGAUGUGUCCCAAAUGGCACCCUAUUCCCUAAACCUUUGGCCAAGUAGUGCACUAUGUAGGGAAUAGGGUGCCAUUUGGGACCGAGCCAGAGUAACACUCUAGCACUGCAUCUGUUACUGCUUCCUAGGAAAGUCAGUGUUAUCUCAUGUUAAUGUGAAAGCUAGAGCCCUCACAGCAUACCUUUCCUCUGAUUCACCUGUUAACUACACCUGGCUCGGUUCAUACCUAUCCUCUGAUUCACCUGUUAACUACACCUGGCUGGGUUCAUACCUAUCCUCUGAUUCACCUGUUAACUACACCUGGCUGGGUUCGUACCUAUCCUCUGAUUCACCUGUUAACUACACCUGGCUGGGUUCGUACCUAUCCUCUGAUUCACCUGUUAACUACACCUGGCUGGGUUCAUACCUAUCCUCUGAUUCACCUGUUAACUACACCUGGCUGGGUUCAUACCUAUCCUCUGAUUCACCUGUUAACUACACCUGGCUGGGUUCAUACCUAUCCUCUGAUUCACCUGUUAACUACACCUGGCUGGGUUCAUACCUAUCCUCUGAUUCACCUGUUAACUACACCUGGCUGGGUUCGUACCUAUCCUCUAAUUCACCUGUUAACUACACCUGGCUGGGUUCUCAUGUCCGUCAUGUCAGCUGGGAAUAGGGUGCCAGUUGGGAUGCAGCCUGAGCGGUCAGGUUCAUUCUCUCUCUCUAUGUCCUGUGUAGGAGACUCUGAAGGAAGCUGCGGGGACCCUGGUACACCCGUCCAUGCAAGCAGAGAGGCCAGCAGCUUCCAUCUGCGUAGUAAGGUGCGCUUCACCUGCACUGUGGGCCACACACUAUACGGCUCAGCUGAGAGGAUCUGCUUUCCCAACGGAACCUGGUCUGGGAGACAGCCCUUCUGCAAACGUGAGGCUUAGUGGUAGAUAGGACAGUGAUGUGAAUACUAAAUGUUUAGAGGCAAGCACAUGGAGAUUGAAUGGAUGGUUUACAGUAUGCAUGCACAACGGCACAUGCAGGAGCACACGCAGGAGCACACACAGGAGCACACACAGGAGCACACAAACACAACAGGAGCACACAAACACAACAGGAGCACACACAGGAGCACACACAGGAGCAAGCACACACAACAGGAGCACACACAGGAGCACACACACACAACAGGAGCAAACACAGGAGCACACACACACAACAGGAGCACACACAGGAUCACACACAGGAGCAAACACACACAACAGGAGCACACACAGGAGCACACACACAAUGAAUAUGCAAUUAGCUGUAAAUGGUUUACAUUAUGCAUGCACAACGGCACAUGCAGGAGCACACACAGGAGCACGCACACUCAACAGGAGCACACACAGGAAAACACACAUACAACAGGAGCACAUGCAGGAGCACACACAGGAGCACACACACACAGACACACAACAGGAGCACACACAGGAGCACACACACACAACAGGAGCACACACAGGAGCACAUACACACACAACAGGAGCACACAGGAGCACACACAGAAGCACAUACACACAACAGGAGCACACACACACAACAGGAGCACACACAGGAGCACACACGCAAUUAGCUGUAAAUUAGUAUAUUUCACUAGCACAUUGUCCUUAGAAAAAGACAGUGCUCAAAACCAACCGAACAAUAUUUCUUUGCUUCCAGAAUCCUGGUAAAACCCUUUAUUUUUCAGCCUCAAGCCAACUUCUACUUCUGACGUGAUUAAUUACAUUUUAAACAUUGGAUCACAGGCCACUUCUCUGCUGCAGUGCAUAAAUUGCCUCAGGGUUUGACCGGAAAUGGCAGAGAAUCUCUGACAGGCUUCCGUUUCUCCUUGAUGGUUAUUAACUCUCCCAGCCUCAGCCUGACAGACACAAUGUCCAUGGCUGGGUCUCAAAUAGCACCCUAUUGUCUGUUUAAUGCACUUUGAACUACAUUUCAUCAAAAGUAGUGAACUAUAUAGAGAAUACGGUGGCAGUUGAGACAUGCAAAAUGUCCUUUUUAAUGACAGGCUACUGAACUCCCCGCUCACCACUCUAGCCUUGAUGUGGCUUGCAGCUGAACUGAUUUAUAGAUGGUUAGCUAUCCUCUAUCCUGACAGGCUGGAUCCUCUCAAUGACUGAACUGAUUUAUAGAUGGUUAGCUAUCCUCUAUCCUGACAGGCUGGAUCCUCUCAUUGACUGAACUGUGUUGUUUCUGCUUCAGCUUUGAUCCAAGAGCUUGACUGGUAUUUAACGGGAGCAAUGUGAGCAUAUCAUCCCGGUGCUUUCUAGUUUACUGAAACAGUGGGGAUAUUUACCACAGAUUUAACAUAUUGUCUGUCCUAAAUGACACACUUUCCCAAUAUAGUGAACUUCUUUUGACCAGGGUCCAUAGCACAGAACGUGCUGAAUAAGUUGCAUCCCAAUGGCACCAUAUUUGAUAAGUCAAUAGGGCUCUGGUCAAAAGUAGUGCACUACUAUAUAACAUAUUCAGAGCACAUUCAAUCCCUUCAGUGGCCUCGUCAUGUCAGGAAGUGAUUGAGGGGGAAACCUCUCCUUCCUUCCUACCAGCUCCAUCCUACAGCCUAGCUGCCUGCCUCAGAAAUCAUUUGACAAUUUUCCAGACAAUAAAGUGAUUGAGAGGGAAAAUCAUUUUGGUAAUGAAAUAUAAUGAAGUGCUAGGAGGAGAGAAACACUGAUAAACAGAACAGAAUCCUCUCUUAGUUUCCUACUACCGAACAUUACAUUAAUAAUCAUCUGGGUUGGAUGAGUCACAUUUUAUGUUUUAGAAAGACAUUAGAAUUAGUGUUUAGCAAUUAGUGUUCUUGACCCCCCUUAACUCUGUCUCUCCCUCUCUCUCUCUCUCUCUCUCUCUCUCUGUCUCUCCUUCACUCCAGCGGUGCACUGUGGUAACCCGGGGUCCCCUGCUCACGGCCGUAUUUUCCGGGUCGACGGUACGACCUUCACCCACUCUGUAGUCUACUCCUGUAUGGAUGGAUACCUCCUCUCCGGCAUGCCCACCAGACACUGUCUGGCCAACGGCACCUGGUCCGGCACCGCUCCUAACUGCACCAGUAAGUACUACUGCUACCUGGUCCGGCACCGCUCCUAA